CAUGGACGUGGCGAUCGGGGAGCACCUGUUCGCAGCCGAGGCUCACCGAGAUGUUAAAGCUUUGAAGAAUGCUUAUGAGUUGAUCAAAUCAGCCAGUCCAGGAAAAUCUGCACUCAGUUCAUCACAGAACUUCAGCACUGACUUGUAUGUUUUAUGUGCUGAACAAGCACUCCAGCUGGGGUGUCCGGAGAUGAGCAAUGACUGUCUACAGAUGUAUUUUAAAGGAAGAUUUCCUGUAAACCAAUUUAUUGGCAGAGCAUACUUGUGCCAAGGCCGGUUGUACACUCCACUCUCUACUGAUAAUUUGGAAGAAUUUGAAAAGUUUGCGAUGUUUUUUUUGAAAGCAAUAGACUUUGCAAUGCAUGAUCCAAGAUAUUAUUUUUUGAUAUAUAAUUCCUCAGUCCUUUACUGGGAAGCUGUGAGACCGUAUCUUAAGCCUGGAUUCCGGUAUUGCCUUAUUCCUAGCCUAUUGCAGAUUGUUAAAGCGUUAAACCAAAUUGAAGAGCAAGACAGCGAAUGGAGAGCAGAACUCAUGAUAAAUUUACUUGAGUGCUUCCUCGAUGCUUCAAAAAUGAAAGAAGCAGAAGAAUUUUCAUCUACUGCAGCAAUCUUUAUUAAAGAAAAUGCUCCAGAUAAAUACUCGCAAAUAUUUUCUUUAAUGAUAUAUCACCAACUAAUGGAUAUUUCCCAGGCAGAGAAGGAAAUAGAAAAGUCUAUCCACUUGUCAAUUAUUUAUAAAAUGCAGAUGAUAAAAUUGCAGUGGCAUGCAGAUGACUUUCCAAGAGACGCCACCACAAAUCUGAAUUCUGUGUAUGAACUUAUGAAACAAUAUGAUGUACCUCCAGCAUCUGUUCUCAGUAAAAAGAUUCCUUUGAUUCUGGAAUUGGCUCGUUUUUCUGUGAAAGCAAACUGCAUCAAGCUUGCUUAUGACUGUAUCCUUGAUUUGAAGAGAGCUGAAAUUACUGAUCCAGGGAGACUUAUUGAAAUACAAUGCUUGGAAUAUGAAUAUGAAGUCCAGAAACUUGGCACUAAAAUUAUGACUUAUAGCAAAGGAGUUGUUGAGAAUCAGCUGAAAUUGAUAAAAAAGCUUGAAAUAACCUUGCAACAUGCAAUUCGAUUGGGAGAUCCCAAUGUAAUUCAGGUUGUUUGUACUACCCAAUGGAAUCUGUGCUUACCGCUACUACAACACAAUUUGCAUCAACAUGUGCGAAAGCCGUUGCUAUCGAUUGCUGAAGUCCUAGAAGAGAUUGACAGCAUGUUGAUUUUGUUACGUUGCCAAGUUCACAUGGAAGUUGCUCGUAUUGAAGAAGAUGGAGAUAGAAUUGAAGCUGCUAUAGAACAUUUGCAGAAGGCUGUACAUCUAGAUAACAAUGGGCAGUAUCGAGAACAUUUAAGAGUGACUUUUAACCGUCUUCAUUUAUGCGCUAUGCUGUAUAGAUCGCCUGAGCGUCUAGAGGAUCAGGCAGUGAUGAUGAUUGAACAGGCUAAAAAAGGAAAGCAGAAGGAUGAUGUAAGGAAAAAGAGGUCCCUUCUGGUAAACGCAGGUCUUGCACUAGCUCCUGAUUCAUUUCAAAUAGUCCUGGAUAGUGAAAAUGAUGCUAAAGUUUCCUCAGGUAAAAAUAGGAGUCAAAUAAGUUACCUCAGUGCAAAAGCACAACAUCAUAUUAAAAGUGUGGAGGAAGCAGAUGGACAUUUGAAGCGCUUAGGAAAUGAAAAUGACAAAGAUAGAAUUAGACUUUGGGCAGAUUUGGCAAAAGUUGCACGAAAACAAGGCGUGUGGGAUGUCUGCCGUGCAGCAUGCAGAUUUUGUCUCCUGUAUGAUGAUACUGUGUUUAGGAAGGUAACAAAACCUAAAAAAACACAGAAGAAGAGAACUAGUAUAGCUGUGGAUGAUGAUCAAAGUGGCAGCUUACCAGGGGAAUCAUUACUACCUGCUAGAUCCUUCUCUUUUGAAAGAGAUUUACUCAGAAUAUUAGCAGAAAUAAGAUUAAUUAAUGCAGAGGCAACUGUUCAUUUAUUAAGAUUGCAGGCAGUUGAACUGAACAAUCCUGCUGUACCUCCAGAAGAUACAAGUCAGCAUCCUACAGGCUAUGUUGCAGGUUGUCUUGAAAGUGAUCCAGAAUGGAAAACAUACAGUUUAUGGAUCAAGUACUUGUCCCAGUAUGCUAUGGAAAAUUUCCAACGUGCAGCUGAAAUAGGAGAAGAAUUAAAUGAAGCCUGGAUUGUUCAUAAUGCUGUGGUGUACAUCUUAAACUACAAUAAACAUCUUAUCACUGCAGGAAGACAGAGGGAGAUUAUUGAGUACCUGCAAACUGUUUUUAGAGCAAUCAAGAGUGUUGGGCACAAUGGAAGUACUGUAAUUUUACUGAUGUUAUGUAACGCUUUGACUCGAGGCUUAAUUCUGUGUUGGAUUCCAAAGUCAAAACUUGUUGAGAAGAAAAACGUAGAUGCAGCAGCAGAUAGAAAUAGAAAGGCUGCGGCAAAGGGACCUGAGAAAGCAAAUUUCGUCCAUUUUUUGUCAGUAGAUCCCAAUGGACUUCCUGAUAUCAAAGCAGCCAUUGAGAUUUGUGAAUUUGCCCUAAAUUUAACAGCCAGAACCACACCUACUGAAGUAGUACCUCUUGCUGUACGACAACAGAUCAUUGCUACGUGGGUGAAAGCAAAACAGUUACAUCAGCAGCAGAUUGGACUUAAACUUGUGACUGAGGAGGAGAAUAAUGAUGAAGCAGAAAAUCCUAUCACGAGAGUUCUUACUGGUCUAGAAAUGUAUUCAUGUAAUGGCCUUGGUCUCAUGGAUUUCACUCUUCCUAGCUUAUCUCAGUUAGUGAAAUUGGCUUUAGAUUGUAUCUGGUCAGAUUCAUUAGUGGAAUUGCAGACACUGACACGACUUGCGCAUUUUGCAUACGUAUUACAUGAGUAUGAAAUAGCAAUGACUUGUUCCCAAAGGAUCUUGCAAUCAGCUGAGAAUUUUUGCUACAAUAGCGAUGCGAAGAAAUAUGAAAUGCCUGAAAACACAAUGAGAGAAGAAAUGUUAAGUACUGCUGCCUGUAUACAGGGGAAGAGUAUAAUGGCAAAUUUGUCUGGGAAAAAACAUCUGCGUGUAACAGCAUCAAAAGCCUUUGUUCAGGGUGCCAGGUAUGCAGGUGAAGCAGGAAAUUAUUCCCUUGUAAUGUUUGCAGCUAGACAUUUUUGGAAUACAUGCUUACCUUUGAUAGGCUCUCCAUAUGACAGAGAACAGUUUAAAGAACCCACUGAAGUAAUUCUCAAGAACAUAAUUAAAGCAGAAUCUAAAAACAAACCGGAAAAGAAGGAUACGCUGCCUUUGCAUCAGUGGUUUACAAAGGAUUUUCUAAGUAGUGAGUUAUCACUUGGAUACUUUCUUCCAGGUGCUGAGGAAGAUCUGACACUGCGAACCUCUUUAUAUGGGUUGUUAUUCCACAUACAUGCUGAUAAAGCUGAUUGGGAGACAGCGCUAAAAGUGCUAGAUGAAGCCAUUCAGGUUUUGCCUCGGACUAGACACAGGCUCCUGAUUUUUAAACAUAUGGUUAUAGUGAAAGCAAGACUGGGAUGUAAUUUUAUGAUGGACAUUCAGAAAUUCAGAGAUGAAAGUGAGGAUUAUUUGUCACUUAUGUGGCACCAUCUGGUAACAGUCUCCAGAAGUAUUGUUGGGCAAUUAAACUGUUUUCAAAAUGCAAUCGAUGCUUUACAGGAACAAGAAAGUGAAUGGCAGAAAGUUGACUAUCUGAUGGAAUUUGCUGAAUGGUUAUACUGUAACCAGUUUCCUCUCACUGAUGUCAUUAAACCCCUCCACUGGGCAGUAGAUAUCUUGCUACAUAUGAAAUUUUCUGUGCAACCAUCUCAAGAGGAAGAAAAAAACACUAUAAUGAAAUUAUCACCUAUAGAAAAUUGGAAAGUAGAUACUGGAGGAAAUGAUAUGAUGCCGACAGUUGCUUUGGAAGAACUGAGUAAUAUUAAACAAUUGGAAGCUUUGUUUAGAGCACAUACAUUAGUGGCUAUAAUUUCUGGUCAUAGUUCUCCUCUUCAUCAGCAGCACUGUUUGAUGGCAUAUGCUUGCAUCAUUCGUAUUUGGCAGGUUAAAACUUCUGUUGUGAAAGACAAGCCUAAAAGGAAAGUAUCAGUUGAUAGCUUACCAGCAAAUGUGGAAGAAUGGGCUAGUUAUGACUGUCCCAAAGAAAUCAGAGAUGCAUUCAAACAGAAAACAAAUAGUUAUGGUAUUAACGAGAAUAAUUUUCCAAAACCUACUUGCACUUUGUAUUUUAUGGAUCUUUUAGCUAAAGAACUGAAGAAAAUUUUUUGUCCCCACUUGACUCUUCCCAUCUUUCAGCUGGCUGAAGUCAUUGCUAAUGAAGUUGUGGAGUGUAGAAGUCUAUCUGAUCUCUAUCAUCUUCAAAUUGCCUUGAUAUGUUCAGAUAUAAAACUGAAUGAGGCAUCCUCAUAUCAUGAGAAAGCUGUGGGAGAAACAUUCAUCAGUGAAUUGGAACAAGUAAUGUGUAGGCAAGAGAUUGCAUUGAAAAAAGAAAAAAACGUGAAUACUAAGGCGGAAGAAAGUGAAACGUUUUUGGAAAAUGCCGAGCUGAGUGGUAGUAAGGAUGAGAACAUAGCCACUUCAAAGGAAAAGAUUUUGGAGUUAAAUGUGGUAACAGGAAAAGGACUGAGUGGACUUUCUUUCCCGCAUUUAUGGAUAGAUAAAGCUGAAGUACUAAUUCAGCUAGGCUUGUUUCAGCCAGCAAGACUUCUGCUUUCAGAGGCCCUCACUGUAACUCAGGAAUUGAGGGCUCUGUAUGAUGUGUCAAGGUGCUUGUACUUAUUUGCUGUAUUGGCUAACCUGGAAAAAAACCAUGGACAAGCUAAAACGCUUCUUGAGAAAGCCCAACUUCUAGGAGGAAAUGAACAAUUUUGGUACAACAGCACUCUUAGUCUUAUAGAGGCAAUUCUAGAGGAAGAGGAGGAAGGAAAACAGAGCAUGGCUUGUGGGAUUUUGGAACACACUGUAAAUGUACUCAGAUCUACUUUACUGAAGAGACCUAACAGAGAAUCUGAAUUGCGUUUUAUAAUUGCAUCUCUUGAAGCCAGGAAAACACUCAUUCAGUUACAUUUUGCCCAGGAUUAUAUGACUACUAAUGCUGAGUCUUCUCAGUUACCAUUUGUGCUACAGGAACCUUAUAAUAAAUUAAUUCAAAUUGGGAAAGACUUCCUGUUUUAUGGAUAUAAAAACUGCAGCGCUGAGAUCUUUCUAGAAUGUGCGAAUGUUCACAGGAUGAUUGCUAAGCAGGCAAGAAAUGAAGAAGAAAGGCGUAGUCACUAUCUAGAUGCUUAUAACUUAGCUCAGAGGGCAGUUUCUGACGCAGAAGAAGUAUUUCAUAAUGUUUCUAGCUUAUUUGCAGUUAAUGAGACUACAAAUAUUAGUACCCCAUUAAUGAGACAACUGGCUAACAGGAAGCUAAAGCUUGUGGAAAUACUUCUGGACAUUUUUCAUCUUGUUAUUGCUGAAAAAAAGCUCAAAAAAGUAGGAGAGACAUCAUUCCAUAAAAUUGUGGAGGCAUUCAUCAGAGUAAAAGCUGAAGAUGAUUCAACAGAACAGGACUGGAAGCGUAUGGAGCACACUAUAGGUCAAAUUACAGUGGCUCAGUUAGCACACAUACAGAAUCUUUCUAAAGGCUGUCCUGACAUCAAAUCCAAAUGCCUACACCUCACUGGAAAAACUCUUCAUUUACUUGCUGUUAACAUGGGUCCCCUGCAUUCAGAGAUUUACUGGAAGCCAAAUGUUAUGAAGAAACAUAGAUUGUCUCAGAAUUAUCUUUCUCAAUCCAGUGAAGUUUUACUACAGUGCAUGGGUAUUGCAUUCCGCCAUAAUAUUACUGAUGUAUUGGCUCCUGCUAGUUUUGAAAUGGUUGAAUGCUUCGGGCAGUUUGAUCCAGUUUCAACAAGCCAGUUUUUGGCCCUUCAUCAGAGCUCUUCAGCAUCCAUGAUGAUGAGAAAUCUCCUUCUAACAGCUACUUCUAACACCAGCAGCUCUCAGCUGGCAGCAUUAUUGCAUCUUCAGAAUCACUUAAAACAAAACAGAAACACAAGUGAUCUUCUAAAAAAUGUGGAACAGCAACUGGCUGCUAUUUCGAGGGCAUGGAGAAAUCUCUGUAUUCCCGUUGAACAUUUUAACAUCAUGAAUGAAUUGCCACCAAAUUUUUACAUAGUUGUUCUCCAGCAUUCAGAAGACAGAUCAAACUUGUACAGUUCAUUGAUUGAGAAACCAAAAGUAAGUACUACACAACAAAAAGGAAAACCCACUCAGCCAAUGGCUAAAGUUUCUCGAUUUCCUGUGAAUCCUGAUACAUUUCGUAUUUUACUGGAAAAAGUGCAUGCUUACAAACAGAAAAAGAUGAAAAGUCUCCUUAAACAGACUGUCAUUCAAAACUUGCAAGAGUGUAUCUCCGAAAUGGAUGAGUCUUCCACAGAAAAAUUAGAUGAGAGUGGACAGGAUUUUACAUCAGAUUUUUCUGAAAUAGUGGAAGAUAUGGAAGACUAUCUGAAACCAGUGCUGUCACAGUUUGAUUUUCCUGAUACUAGAGAACAGAGUACAUCAGGUUCAGCAGCUGAAUCAGGAAAAAUAAAAGUAAAAGAUAAGGAUACCAAACUCACUGGAAUACAAGGUACACCCAUGGAGUUAGGAUUGUGUGUGGUAUUAUUGGCAGAUGCAUUAUUUAUGGAAUUGCCUUUGGAAGCACUGAGCAUCUUCCGAGAAGAAGGUUUAUGUUCUCUAUCCAGAGAUUUUUCUCUCCAGAUUUUUUACAAUCGAGUACAUGUAGAAGAAUCAGAGAUUGAAGUAAAAAAACACGUUGAGAAGCCUAAAGAACCAAAACCUGAUCAGAAAAAGAAUAUCAAAAUGGCACCCAUUAACCGUGUUUUACCCUCUAAUUGCCUGUCUGUUGAUGCCCAUAAUUUUAAAUAUAUUGUGGAUCCCUAUAAUGAAGGAAGAGAAGCAGAAACUGUAAGUCCCUCACAAAAAAUAAAGCAGAUGCUAGAAAAAUACCAUGACCCGUUUACGUUACGAUGGGAAGGAGUUAUUGGGAGCACACAUCUUCCAAGCCAAGCUGAAUGGGAGCAGCUGCUGACCAACUGCAGUGCAUUUCUAUUCUAUGGGAUGGAGAGAUUCUUGUCUCAUAUUUUACUCAACAGACUGGUUGCUAUGAACAUCCCAAAAUGCCAUUUGAUGAUACUUCUAGAUCUAGUGCGAUCAAACCAAAGUUAUCAGCGAGUGACAAACUCUGAUAUUCACAAAAGCUGUCCACGUAUUGCAUUGGAGAGACCGAUAGAAACAGCAAUGCUUCUAAGCCUUACUGGUGUUCACUCUAUAAUAGCCAACCAGUGGUACACUACUCUGCAAGAAAAUGCAGAAAGGCUAGAAAUCUUGUCUGAGAAUUUGUUAAGAGUUGGGAAAACAACUGGGCAGACGAUCCAUAUUCUUCAAAAGAGUAAGAUCCACAGGAAAAGUGAUUCAGUUAAAAGGGAAGAGGAUUUUAACAAUUCUGCAGAGAAAGCAGAAGAACAGACCAUUCCUACUCCUUCAGAUCUUCCUGCAGUUCAUCCAUCAGUUUUUAAUUGCGUGUUAUAUGGUUUACCCAAUGUAAUUAUUACAUAAUGUGUGUCAAACUUUCAUAAUAGGAAUGUUCCUACAGUGCUCAUGGUGCAUGCCUUGCACUGAAGGUAUCCCAAAUAUUUUUAUUUAAAGCCUAAGGAGAGGUCAGCUUAAGAAAAUGUACACUUUGCUGAUUAACUGAUUUCUGGUUUGGAUGUGAA